AUGAGAGAGGUUCAUUCAAGCUGGGAAGAAGCUGUUUCUGACCUGCUGGUUCGUGUGUUCAAGCUUCUGUCUCUUCAGCCUGAUGGAAGAGGUGAGGAAGACAAUGAGAUUCAUGCCUUGGAUUUCUGCUGUGAUGCGAGUGUGUAUGCUACAGCGGGCAAAGACCGGCAAAUCCGACUGUACGACAGCAGAACGAGCCAGAUAGCCAAGGUAUUUGAAGCUCCUGACUUCAAGAGCAACGAGAAUCUGACGCUGACCAGUGGUCAUUCCCGCCGAAUCUUUGCUCUGCGUUUCCACCCGGACGAACGCCACAUCUUCCUGACCGGGGGCUGGGACAACAGUGUGAAGAUCUGGGACAAGCGAAUGGAGAAGGAGGCUCGGCGCUUUCUCAAUGGCCCCCACAUCUGUGGCCGUGGCAUUGACGUCAGGGGAAACUGGAUCCUGACAGGAGCGUGGGUGGCCCACAAUGCCCUGAAACUAUGGGAUUAUCGGAGUUUACGGCAGGAGAAGACCAUUCCGUUUCCCGUCGGGAAGGGGGAGAGCGAGUUUCUGUACACUGCCCAGUUCUGUAACAGUGAGGUGGUCAUCAGUGGAGGCAGUGGGACACACAGUGCACAUGCCAUCAACUACAAAACAGACCAGGAUCUUGGUGAGGUAGCACUGGGCAGAAACACUGUCCAGGCUGUGGAUAGUGCCCUCGAUGGCCAGCUGAUUGCAGUGGCAGGUGUGAAUGGGAACCUCCACCUUGCUACUCUCUAUUAGCCUGGUGAAGAACAGCAACAUUUCCCCUGGUGAAGCCAGCCCUGCUGAGCUGGGCAAAAGGGAGGGAGGUGUCAACUGACGAGCCCAUUGCCAGGAGAUGACCAGCCUCGCUCACUUGCCAGUGUCUGGAGCAGCCAGCAGCACCAUGCUGAUUCUGCAGUGUUUGGAAGGACACGGUGGUGGGAAUUCUGCUUUGUAUGAUUCACUGUUAGAAACCGAGGUGUAAUUCAGCUUUAGGCAAUCCCGCAGCCCCUCAGGGAAACCACACCAAGAGCUUAAUAUUCACUGAAUGGUUUUGUCACACCUGGCCACUGAAAUGUCUAUUAAACACAGGAAAUAUGCUUUCAUCAAGUCCAAGCUACAUAUCACAAACUUGGUGAAGUAACUCCUGACUUAGUGAAAUUGGUGAUGGCACUGUACAAAUAAACCUGAAAUAGGCAGCAGUUUCUUACAUUCGAGUCAAACUUUUAUUCGACUUAACAUUGGCCCAACCCAGCCAUCCUCAGUGACAGCCAAAACAGGUGCAUGCCUCUUGAUUGAAAAAUAGUUUAGUUUUAGCUGAUCUUGGGUUGUCAGUUAUAUGUUGCUAUUUAUACAUAUUUUAGCCCAGCAGUUGUUUUGGUUAUUUUUGACAUUAGAAACCGCGUUAUGCUUUCCACUUGUAUCACUGCCCACAAUCUUCCUCAACAAGACCUGAUUCUUGUCCCCAUGGCCACUGUGAGCCCUGGCACCCUCCAUGCACCAGUAAUGACUGAUCACACAGAACCAUUGCACCUUCCCAAGGAUCGAAGAGAUUUGGAGCAAUGGGAAACCAUUGCUUUUAGUUUGAGUGAAGAGAAAGAGAAAAGACUGACUCUGACAAGCCAGACCAUCCCUCCAGCACUGUGUUUGGCACUAAACAAUGACCAAAACUGUGCAGCCGAAGUUGCCAAUAAAAUUGUUGCUUUGUUACUAA